AUGGGGACCCGGGAGUCGUCCCCUGACACCCAUCUUCCCAGCUCUUUCCUCGUCCCAGAGGGAGGUCUCAAUGUCGGGGCAGAGGAGAGGGUGAAAGACCUAAAUCUUCGACAAAAAUGGGCCCGUGAAGCCAUCUUCAAUGCCCAACAAUCACAGAUUAAAGCUUAUAAUUCUGAACACAAGGAAGUUAUAUACAGCAUAGGCGACCUCGUUCUCAUCGACCCCCACAAGUUAAACCUCCUAGAGGCCCCUUCGAGGUAA